AUACCGAUAGAGAUUAACAGCUCCUAUUUGUGGAGCAUGCAUAGAUCCUUUUUAUUUUUACCUAGGAUCAUAUAAUUAGAGUUAAUUAAAAAUGUCAAAUAAAGUAUUAUUUCUUAAAUCUGGAUUUCCACGUGCUCCUUUAGGACUUGGAAUUGGUCGUUAUGUGUGUCAAUUACAAAGAGUGACAUUAAAGUUCUGUAAAAGUCUUGGUUCCAAUAAAGGAAUGAGAGAUUUUUUGGAACAUGAUUUGAUAGACUUUUCCAACCAAAACCCUGGUAUUGUUGUAUAUGUGAAACCAAGACGACAUAGGUCCCCAGUAAUAGUUGCAGAAUAUUUAAACGGAGAAAGACAAUGGAUGAAUGUUAGUAAUUAUGCUAGAGAAGAUAUUGUAAAGUGGAUGGAAGUAUUACGUACUCAAUUUCAUGAUGGCCCAAAACUGCGUAUAAGAAAAUUUUGGCAUACAGAAUUUCCUUCUAUUCAAGGACCAUGGUCACCUAUAACAUUUAGAGAUCCAAGCCAUAAUUUAGCCCAGUUUCCUAACAAAGAAAUUGGUGCAGCUGUUAAAACAGGACCGACUGCAACUGAACAAUUAAUUGAAUUAUUUAAAGCCCAGCAAAUGUCUGAACAACAACAACAACAAGAGCAAGAAAUUGAAGUACAAAGAAGCACAUUUAAAGAGAACUCUAAUUAAUAUAAAACAUAAAAUUAAAUGAUGUAAAAUAGUAAUAAAAAUUUAAAUAUAUGUAUAUAUAUAAAU